AAUUAUUUAUUUGUCCUGUGCUUUUACACAAAAAGCCCGGGGUUUCUUUUUUUUUCUGUCAGAGGGAUUAAACUCGCCUUUUUCUGGAAAACGAGUGCAGAGGUAAAGAACGCCAUGUUGACACGACACCGCCAACUGGGACGCCAAAUAGCACUUGGGAUAAUAACGUUGUUAUUCCCUGUAUUUUAUUACGUUAUCACAAUCAACGAUCAAUCGACUCAAGCCAAAUUAUCUGAAGAAAAAAAGACGAGCUUGAAACAGCUGAUUAAUCAAACUUUCAACUUUCAACGGUUAUAAAGCAUCGGUUAAUUUCUUGCCCAUUGUUAAGAACACUUAACUAAUUUACUUUAAUUCAAUUACGUGUGUGUAUGGUAACAAUUACUUCUAAUGCAGCAGAUGCCAAAAAACAUUCUUUUGCUAACGACGGGCCUAACUUCAGGCUAACUUAGCAACAUGGCUAAUGUUACCAACGAAUACAAUUGGCAUGAGAGAGGGGCUAAGCUAACGGCUAAUGUUUUUUGUUAAUGGUAAUUUUGACGGUUCAAAUCGCUGCGUCGUUGAAUUAAACAUGGCGUUUACUAAUAUUGUGAGACCAGCUUGGUUAAUCAAUCAGUAUGGGCUACUAACUGUUGAAGUAUCUUAUAUUCAAAGCAACGUGUCGCUCAAUUAACGUUAGCUUUAACGUUAACUUACGCACUUAAAAAUAGUAGUCGGGUCGUCGUCUUUCUGCCUAAAUAACACUCGUUUUAGCUCCCGAUUCGCCCAGAGAUGAUUGGGAUUUCUUCCCCUCGAGUCUCAAAUGAUAGCUAUCUUCAAAUAAUGAUUUUUGUAACGUUGCCGACUAAUCAGUUUUGUAGCGUGUUACAGUAAUUUAGCCAUCUAUUUUAAACGCGUUUGUGGAGCCUGCUGUCAUGGAUAUUUGUCUAACCUAUCACUUUUAUUCACAGUCGUGCCCACACUGACUCGUCCCAAACAUCCACAAAAGUCCCCAGAAAAUGUGUAAAACGUCUGCAAAGCAUCCCAGAAGUGUUUCAAGUCAAACACAAAGUUCCCUUUUUUCCACAGUCCCCAGUUGGCAAGUGUGCUGUAUGUAACUCAGUUGGCCCCAUUUCCAAGUCCCACAGACCCCAGUAGUGUCCCUAAAAGAUUAGGGAAAAACCUUUUUUUCAAUGGUUUUGAGUGCAAAAUGUGAAGGAAACCCGUCACAGCCAGAGGAUGGAGAGCUGGAGGAGGGCGAGCUGGAAGAUGAUGGGGGAGAUGUGGAGGAGGUGGAGAUUGGUGGAGGAACGUCCGCAGCAGCAGCAGCAGCAGGAACAGGAACAGGAGGAGGAGGAGGAGGCGUAGACGGCGGUGAUGAAGUAGGCGGAGGAGGUGAAGCGGGCGGAGAAGAGGCUGGGGAGAGGCCUCAGCGAAGUAAGGAGCGCCACGCCAGCAGCAAUUCAGACGAUGAGAGAUCCCACCGUCGCAAGAGGAAGAGGAAGAAGGAGAGGGAGCGAGAAAGGGAGAAGAGGAGGUCCAAGAAAAAACGCAAAUCCAAACACAAACGUCAUGCAUCCUCUGAUGACGACCACUCGGACUUCAGUGACGACUCUGACUACAGUCCCAGUGAGAAGAGGAAGUACAGAGAGUACAGUCCACAGUACCCCCCUCCUUCUCAUGGGGGCUACGGUGGCCCAAAGAAGGGCACCUACAUGAAGAUGGAAAAGCAGAGCUAUGGAGGCUACGAUGACUUUGAAGAGGACAACUUUGAGGGAGAGGAAGAGGAGGACAUUGGGGAUGAAGACUAUGACGACUUCACCAAGGAGCUCAACCAGUACCGCAAGGCCAAGGAGGGAGGAGGCGGCCGCGGGCGAGGUGGGUCCACGGCAGCCGGGUUAAAGCUGUCGAAGUUGAAAAAUAGACUCGGGGGCAAGGGUCGCAUGAAAAACCAGAGAGGCCGUGGAGGAAUGAGGGGGGGGAGGAGGGGAAGAGGAGGAAGCAGAGGAAGAGGAGGUCGAGGAGGAGGAGGAGGAGUUGGAGGAGGAGGAGGAAAGAUGGGAGGAGACAACGACGAUGGAGAGGGCUAUGGAGAAGACAUGGAGUAUGGAGAUGAUGACUAUGACAACAUGGGUGGUGGUGGUGGUGGUGAUGAUGACUACGAUGACUACUCGAAAGAACUUAAUCAGUACAAAAAGUGCAGAGGCAGAGGAGGUAAAGGUGGCCGCGGACGAGGGAGGGGUAAAGGAGGGCGGGGUAUGCUAAGAGGAGGAAGGGGUCGAAACCGCGGGAGAGGAAGAGGUGACAUGGGGAAUGAGGACGACAACAACGGGGACAUGGACAACGGGGACGGAGGUGGAGGAGGCGAUGGACCUGGACCAGGGAGGAGAAAUCACAAUGAGAAGCACCAGGAUAAGAAAGGAAAGGCCAUCUGCAAGUACUACAUCGAGGGACGAUGCACCUGGGGGGACCACUGCAACUUCAGCCAUGACAUUGAGCUGCCCAAGAAGAAGGAGCUGUGCAAGUUCUACAUCACUGGAUUCUGUGCCCGAGCCGACCACUGUCCUUACAUGCAUGGUGAAUUCCCCUGUAAGCUGUUCCACACCACAGGGAACUGUGUCAACGGCGACGAAUGCAUGUUCUCCCAUGAUGCCCUCAAUGAUGACACCCAGGACCUGCUCAACAAGAUGCUGGAAGAGGAUGCGGAGGCCGGCGCAGAGGAUGAGAAGGAGGUGGAGGAGCUGAAGAAGCAGGGGAUCAACCCUCUCCCCAAACCCCCUCCUGGAGUUGGCCUCCUCCCCACCCCUCCUCGGCCUGUUCCUCUAGAAACCAACGCAGGUUCUGGGGAUUUUGGUGGGCCUACGGCAGGUGACUUUGGGGGUCUUUCUGCACCUAACCAGGGGCCCAUUUCUAACAAAGGUCCCCCAGGACCAGGGCCUAUUCCUGGGCCUAACCCCUGUUCUGGUCCCCCUCUCCAUGGCCCUGACGGAAGUCCCUUCCAAGGCGGGCCCCCAAAUCCCAGUGGCCCUCCUCCCCACAUGGGCCCCCCACCUCCUUGUGGUGGAGGGGGAGGUGGCAUGGGGAAGAAGAUCCCCUCACUGUUUGAGAUUAAAGUUCAGCCAACGGGACAGCUGGCUCAUAAACUGGCCGUCAGAGGCCAGACUCCCAGUGGCAACCAGGGUCAGACUGCAGCACCUGGACCCCAAGGGGCCCCUGGUGCCCCUCCCCCUUGCUUCCCUGCUCCCCCAGGCAUGAUGCCCCCUGACAUGCAGAACAUGGGACCCAACCUUGGGAUGAACCAGGGGCCCCCCAACAUGGGCCCCGGCGGACCGCCCAUGAUGGGAGGAUUUGCGUCUGGUGACGGCCCUCCACAUGGAGGUGCUAUGCCUCCAGGUCCUCCUCCGGGCGGAGGAAACUUCUUCAAUAACUUCUUCAAUCAGCAGGACAGUAUGCAGAUGGAGGGAGUGGUGCAAGAAGGUGACAACUACCAGGGUUUUGCCGGUAUGGACGAGAGAGGAGGAGUGGGGAACGUUGGUCAUCAGUCGGGUGGCAGUCAAGACAGCUCUGCUAAUGGAGCGUCAGCCAAUCAAGGAGGGAUUUCUGUGCCGGACUUCCUGCCUCCAGCACAGCGCGUCCUGUUCAUGAGGAUCCAACAGAAGCAGCAGGAAGAAGAGGAAAGAGCUCGCAGGAUGGCCGAGGGAGGAGCAGAGAAAAGUAGAGACACGGAAGGUGACUCAGGGAACUGGUACUCCAGUGAGGAUGAGGAUGGCGGAGGUAGUGUGACCUCCAUCUUGAAGACGCUCCGUCAGCAGACCAAGGCUCCUCAGAAAUCUGACGCCCCCCCGAGCGACCCUCGCCUCCAGAAGGCUUCCCCUGCCAACGCUCCGGCUCGGCCAGCAGACCCCCGCUUGGCUCGGGACCCACGCCUGGCACGUGCUGCAGAUCCAGCCGACUCCACCCACUCAAUGCCCGCUCUGUCUUCCUCUGGACCGCCUGCAGACCCGAGGUUAGCGCGGCUAACUACUGCUGGUUCCGCGGGAUCCACUUCCCACUCGCAUCCUGCUCCUAAACCAGAGCCUCCUCUGGUCUACAAACCCCCGCCGCUUACAACCCCGGCAGUGGAGGAAGAGGAGACGGAGCGGGUUCUACGGGACAAGCCAGUGCCGAUUCCUCUGGAUCCGCUCAUGGGUAUGGCUCUGAGAGACCCACGCUCGCAGCUGCAGCAGUUCAGCCACAUCAAGAAGGAUAUUGUUCUCCACAUGCCGGCCUUCGCCAAAGCCAUCGCCUGGUCUCCUGAGGAUCUUCUUCCUCUCCCCAUACCUAAGCAGGACCUCCUUCCACUCCCACCAGGCAUCCCUCCAGUCUCCUCCAUAGACCCACGUCUGUCCCGCACUCAGCAGCCGCUCCAAACAUCGCUCCCUCACUCACAGCCUCCUCCUGUCCAGCCUCCUCCCUCCUCCUUGGACCCCCCUGCUCCUUCUUCCUCCACCUCCUCCCUCCCAGACUUUGAACUCCUGUCUCGUAUCCUGAAGACUGUCAACUCCAGCCCGUCCCAGACUCCCUCCCCUCCUCUCUUAACCGCCCCUAUUGCCCCUGUGUCGCUGCUGGGUCCACCUCCCCCCAUGCCUAUGCCUCCCCCACCUGCAGAAAAGCCUGUUGACCCCCGUAUGUCCCGUAAAGUCCCCACAGACCCACGUCUCCAGCCCCAGAAGUCAGCACUUAAGCAACCAUCCGACCCUGUGCCUCCUCCUGUCUCCUCUACCUCUCCAGCAACAACAUCUAGCUCCUCUCCUCCUACCAUCGCCCCCUAUGACCCAAGGCUGCUCUCCUCAGGUGGGGCAGGCCGCGGUGUGGGCGCCGGGGCACCAGGGGGAGCCAGUGUGCUGAGCAACAUCAGUCUGUAUGACCCUCGGACUAACAAACCAGGCAGCCCUGGUACCAGCAGUGGCUCUAACAACUCCCCCAACUCAGCCAGCACAGAGUCCAAACCCAGUGACCCCCCGGCAGGUAAACCUAAGUCCAAGGAACCCCUGUUUGUUCGGAAGUCAGCGUUGGACCAACCAGAGCCAGAAAAAAGUGCAGAGCAAGGAACCGAUCGAUACAACAGCUAUAACAGGCCCCGGCCUAAGCCUGCACCCUCGCCCAACUCCGCGGCCCAGGGGGGGCCCGCUGCAGCAGCCGCCGCAGGCCAGGGGGCUCCUGGAGCUGCUGGGGAUCAGGGGCCCGCAGGUGUCCACAACCUACCAGUGUCCUCUUUAUUUGGUGUGGUGAAGCAGGCGGCCAAGCCAGGAGGGACGGGCAGCCCCUUUGGAGGCAACAGUCCGGUGCAGUCUGACCAGGCGACCACGGAGCAGGACAAUGCCUCGCUGAAGGACGUUUUCAAAGGCUUUGACCCCACAGCCUCGCCCUUCUGCCAGUGACCCCGAUGACCAUUGAACCCUAAAGCCCAUCAUGUGGUCGGCCGAUGGCUGGUUUUAACAUUUUUGGACACUGAAGAGAACAGUGAAAAGGAGAAAGAAAAGCGCACUGAGGCAACUGCCUGUAAGACUAGUUAAGAAGACAGACUUUUGUGAACAAACUGAUGUCACACAACACACACACACACACACACACACACACACACACACACACACACACACACACACACACACACACACACACACACUUUACCACAGUGUUGCAGAUUCAGAUUCUAUAAAAGACUCUUGGGUUAUGGGAAGGGUUUAAAGUUAAAUCUCUAAAGCUCUAUUUUAAACAAACAUAUUGAUGUAUAAAUAAAUGUAUUCUCUUCUUCUCAAUGCUUAAAGAAAAGUUAUUCAGGCAGCAGCAAAAACACAUUUAUAUCAAAUGAACAUUUUAGCUUCACAUCUUUUUCCAUCUUCAUUUCAGUUCCUUCAUUUUCUCCUCACCUUUAAACUGGUUGAUGUGCUUGUCUAUAUUUUUGGGCAGUCAAAGUUGACAAUGCUCUUCGCAACAGAUGAAAGGCCAGGAUCAAAAUUUUUCCCAACAAAAUAUUUCUUAUUUGUGGUGUUUUGUGAUUAAAAGAACAGCACUGACUGAACGGCAACUCCUUUAACACUGUUGCCCAUCUGAAACAAAUGACCCUCUACAGCACUGCCUUUGUAUCUCUUUAACCCCUGUGCAAAAGGUUUGUCAAACUAUAGCAUACAUGUUUUCAUUACAACUCACCGUGUCACAUUUGCUGCAGAAUACAAUUGCAAAUACCUAAACCUAAAUCUAUAUUCUGCUUUUUUUUGUAUUUAUUUUUCUACUUCUUUGCACUGUCGGUGUGUGUCCUCCAAGGGUUGUAUUCAUGUUUUUAAUGUCUGUAGCUCCUACAGCUGUUCACAUACGGUUUUAUUUCAGGUAUUUAGCUCUUACCCAAAACGGGUAACUGGCGGUACAGGAAGUGACUUGUGGUCUUUCAGUACAGCCUCUCUAACCACUACGCCAGCGUUGUUACUUUUUUUCUCAUAUUUUAUCUUCGGCAGUCCUUUUGCUACAAGGAGAAAAGGCUGUCACGUGAACAUUUUGUUUUAUCUUUCUGUAAAAAAUGGAGAGUUCUUAAAUGACAGCUUCUGUAGCUUUAAGGUAGAAAAGAUGGAAAAUAACCCCACGUCCCUCUACAGUGGCAGAUUUGAGCUUUAUAGCAUCAGUAGAGGACAUUAAACAAGUUUGUUUUUUUCCCUGCUGAAAGGGUUGCCUUAAAGGUGCAACCUGUAAUUAGUCAGCCCCGGUUGGUUAAUAAGAAUAGGACACUUUGAUUCACUGAUUCAGAAUUCACCAUCUAGCCUUUAGUUUUUUUUAUUAGUUUUUAUUUUAAUUUUAUUAACUAAUUUGUUAAGAAUGGUUAAAAAACUUGACUGCAGAUUUCUGAGAGUGGUUGGAGGAAUGGAAUCAUUUGCAGCCUCGCAGCAUAAAUUUAUAAGCGUUUGGCUUUAGUAGCUGCUGACAGUGUGACAAUCAUAAACUAGACUCGGACCUACAAAUCAAUUAAUGCAUGAAUCUCGCGUUGAUCUGCGCAGGUGCUCCCCCUACGGUCAGUCUGAACUCUGCAUAAAGAGAACAUUUUCAUUCAAAUGUCAGAUCUUAACAUUACCUGUUUCAAAACAAAUAUUCAACACAGACUGAACCUGUUGAGUCUUUACAUCUUUUCUCCAGAACCUCCCUUAAUAGUUUCUAACCCUUUACCAUAAAUAGUUGAAUUCAGAAGUCAAGUGCAGUGUCUGAAUCAGUCUGAGGAUAAGCGGUUAUUCCCGUUUUGCCUAAUUUAAUUGCCAGGCUUGUUUGAAAAUCUUUAAACAUGGGGUCACUGUCGAGGAGCUUCCUAGAAGUUCCAGACUUCCAGAAGGUGUCAGGAUUGCCGUCGACCGUCUUGUGUAUAAAUGUUGAUCAUUUUAAUUUAUUUUUUUAUACCUGGGUAAAUAUACUUCCUCAUUUGACAUUUUUGAACGGAAUCAUUUUAUAUUUCAGAAAUAUGUGAUUGAUCCCACAUCAGUGGGACGUAGGCAGCCUGUGACAGUGUGAAGAGAGGAGAAAGACAUAUUUUUUUAUUUGGUUUUGUGUGUAGAGAUUCAAACUAACAAAAUAUUCACUAUUGCCCCCUCCUGUCAGGCCUGUUAGAAGGCUGAGUGUCAGCAAUGGCAAAUGUGAAAUUGUCGAUUUGUUCUUUUCUCAUGGCUUUGUUUUUUUUCAAAAAUUUUUUUUUUUGUGUUCUUCCUAUGUAAAUUUAACCAGUAUCCUGUCUUUGGAGGAAUGGAGUUUUCUAACUGUACACUGUAGGUUGUUAAAGUAUUUAAAUAAAGUUGAUAAAUGAUCAGCCAGUUAAAUCUA